AUGGGCAAUCUUGAUAUUGAGACCAGCUCGGCGGUUGCUGACCGCACAUCGGCGGAUAACAUCGACAAAUCUCAAAUCGGAGUUGGCCGAACUGAACUGAGCCACGCACUACCACCUCAUGGUAGUUACGAAGGCGGCCAUCGGUGGGAUCCCGCGGCUACUUGGACUCCCGAAGAAGAGAAGAGGGUCGUCCGAAAGACUGAUCUCAAGCUUCUGAGUUGGCUGUGUCUUAUGUUUUUCGGUCUCCAAAUCGACAGAGGUAAUAUUGGCAAUGCCCUCGCAGACGACCUCCUUACAGACCUCGGUAUCCAUCCGGGAAUUUACAAUAAUGGAACCACGAUCCAGGUGUUGUGUUUCUUGCUCGCUGAGUUCCCUGUUCAAUUCCUCACCAAGAGAUAUGGCUUCAAAAACAUCCUGCCCACUCUCAUGGUCUGCUGGGGUCUCGUCUCGACUUUCCAGGCCUUCAUGACUGGACGUACCGCUUUCUAUGUCACCCGUGCUCUGAUAGGCUUUUUUGAGGGUGGUUUUAUUCCUGGUGUUGUCCUCAUGGCGACCUACUUCUAUACAUCAAAGGAGUUGUCUAUUCGGCUGGCUGCUUUCUGGUCUACACUCAACGUCGCCCGUGUCAUCUCAGCUCUUCUUGCCGCUGGACUUCUCGAAAUGCGAGGAAUUGGCGGUCAUCCCGGAUGGUUCUGGCUUUUCCUUCUUGAGGGUCUUCUCACUGUUGUCAUUGGCCUCGUUUCCAUAAUCUAUCUCCCAACUUCACCCACAGGCACCAAGUCUGUGAUCUGGCGCAAGCCGUGGUACACCGAGCGAGAAGAAGUUAUUAUGAUCAACCGUAUCCUUCGGGAUGAUCCCGCCAAGGGUCUUACGGCGUUGAAGGAGCCAUUGACGUGGCAGGACGUCAAGAAUGCAUGGACCGACCCUUCUCUUUGGGGACUCUAUUUCAUCGGUCUUAUCGCAUACAUCCCAGCAUCACCAGUUCAAGCGUACUUGACUUUGACACUGAAGCGAGUCGGACACUUCAACACUUUGGCCAGCAACCUGCUCACUGCACCUUCUGCCGCGCUUCAGAUCUUUACCAUGCUUGGGCUAGCUUACAGCUCAGAGUAUUUUAAUGAACGAGCAUUCCACUGUCUUUUCGGAGAGAUUUGGUCUCUUCCUCUGCUUACAGCACUCUUGACCCUUCCCGAUCAAGGUCGUGAGUGGGGUCGAUUCUCUAUCAUUACCCUCAUAUCAGGAUACCCUUACUUCCACCCUCUGGUGUCUUCUUGGAUCUCUGAGAACUCCUUCGACGUCAAGAAGCGAGCGGUCGCUGCCAGUACAUACAACGUCAUUGUUCAAAUGGGAAGCGUUAUAUCGAGCCAGAUCUACCGAGUGGAGGAUGGACCGUACUAUAAGAACGGAAACAAAGUUCUGAUCUCGAUUUUGUGUCUCUCUGUCGUUGUUUUUAUUGCUCAGAGACAAUGGCUUGUGUACCUUAACAAGAAGAAGACCGAUGUGUGGGAGCAGAUGACCCCGGAGCAGCAGGCCGAGUACCAGACGGAUAAGGAGCAGCGAGAGAUUGACGGAAACAAACGACUCGAUUUCCGGUUUGCUUAUUAA